CAGGGCCUCGCGAGGAUUGAUGGGCGGGGCACGACAGGCGCUUCCGGUUUCCGGCUGCGGCGUAAGGGGCGGGGCCGAGGCUGUGGUGGGAGAGUUUGGUGUCUGCGGCUGGGCGUGCACGGUGCCUGUGAGAAACCCGGAAACAAGCUUGCAACUCUCCGGUGGAAACCUGCUCACACAGGAUGAGUCUGCAGUGGACUGCGGUCGCCACUUUCCUCUAUGCUGAGGUCUUUGCCGUGUUGCUCCUCUGCAUUCCCUUCAUUUCUCCCAAAAGGUGGCAGAAGAUUUUCAAGUCCCGCCUGGUAGAGCUGGUGGUGAGCUAUGGCAAUACCUUCUUUGUGGUUCUCAUCAUCAUCCUAGUGUUGCUGCUCCUCGAUGCCUUCCGUGAGACCCGCAAGUACGAUGACGUGACUGAGAAGGUGAACCUGCAGAACAACCCUGGCGCCAUGGAACACUUCCACAUGAAGCUUUUCCGUGCACAAAGAAACCUCUACAUCGCUGGCUUCUCCUUGCUGCUGUCCUUCCUGCUUAGACGCCUGGUGACUCUCAUCUCCCAGCAGGCCACACUGCUGGCCUCCAACGAAGCCUUUAAGAAGCAGGCGGAGAGUGCUAGUGAGGCGGCCAAGAAGUACAUGGAGGAGAAUGACCAGCUCAAGAAGGGGGCCACUGGGGACCAAGACAAGCUGGAAAGUGGGGAUGCUAUAUCGAAGGUGGCAGAGGAGAACCAGAGCCUGAAGGCCAACCUGAAGAAGCUGGAGGACGAGCUGGCCGACUCCCAGCAAAAACUUGAGAAGGCGGAGAAUGAGGUGCUGGCCAUGCGGAAGCAAUCUGAGGGCCUCACCAAGGAGUACGACCGGCUGCUGGAGGAGCACGCCAGGCUGCAGGCCGCGGUAGAUGGCCCCACAGACAAGAAGGAGGAGUGAUGAGUGACACCGCCCGCUCCCCUGCCUGUGGCCGACCUGCGCUUGCCGCUCUGGGAGCCCAGCUUCUUUCUCCCUCUAGUUCUCCCUCCCCUCCACGGCUUCUAGCAGCACCCUGGUCCACCGCAGACUCCCGGCACCCCAGCGGGGCUGAGUGUUACUCCUUGUCUGGUCUGCGGGGCCGCGGGCCGCCUUCCCUCUGGGAGUGGGGGGCCCUGGGCCCCACCUGCCCCCACUCGCACUUCUGUCGGUCCUGCCCGAGCUCCCUCCUUGUGCAGGCCCGCUGGUUUUCCCUGCAGGCAAUAAAAGUUGUGAUGUGA